UAUUUGCUGCUGUAAAAAACGUGGGGUUUGAAACGGUGGAGUUCCAUGGACAGGGUUAUACGUAACUGAAGAAUUAAUCCUAAAUUCCCAUCUUUCCAUUAAAAUAGUCGAUUACUGUAUCUGUAUACCAUCAGCCCCUUUUGUAGGACCUUUUCUCUUUCAUUUUCAGGGCGGGAACUCCAAAUUUACUCCAAAUUCUUUCUAGGGUUUCUUCGAAUUUCAAAUUUGGUUCAAGGGUUCUAUUGGGGUUCUGGAUAUUGAAGACCUAGAUGAUUUGCUUGCUAUGAUGACCAAUAGCAACACUACGAUGAGUCUUCGUAAGGGGUCCAAGGUGUGGUUAGAGGACAAAGGCACAGCCUGGGCCGCCGGAGAAGUCAGCGGUUUCUCCGGCAAACAGGUUCAAGUAAUCACUGAAUCCGGGAAGCAGGUGUUGACUUUCGCGGAGAAGCUGUUACUAAGAGAUGCUGAUGCAGAGUAUGGUGGGGUGGAUGAUAUGACCAAAUUGGCUUACUUGAAUGAACCAGGAGUGCUUGAUAAUCUUAAGAAACGUUAUGCUCUUAACGAGAUAUAUACAUACACAGGAAGCAUUCUAAUAGCUGUCAACCCGUUCACAAAGCUUCCUCAUCUUUAUAAUGUCCACAUGAUGGAGCAAUACAAAGGUGCUCCAUUUGGUGAGCUAAGCCCCCAUGUGUUUGCUGUAGCAGACGCAUCUUACAGGGCAAUGAUGGGUGAUGCAAAAAGCCAGUCCAUAUUGGUCAGUGGAGAAAGUGGGGCCGGAAAAACCGAAACCACAAAAUUAAUCAUGCAAUAUCUUACAUAUGUUGGUGGUCGUGCUGCCAUUGAUGACAGAACAGUUGAACAACAAGUCCUAGAAUCAAACCCUCUUCUAGAAGCUUUUGGAAAUGCGAGAACAAGUAGAAACGACAAUUCAAGUCGAUUUGGAAAGUUUGUAGAGAUUCAGUUUGAUUCAAAUGGUAGAAUAUCUGGUGCUGCAAUUAGAACUUACUUACUUGAAAGAUCUCGUGUAGUCCAAAUCACAGAUCCAGAAAGAAACUACCACUGUUUUUACCAGUUAUGUGCAUCUGGAAGAGAUGCUGACAUGUACAAUCUAGGUCCUCCAAGCAACUUCCAUUACCUGAACCAAAGUAACGUUUAUGAGUUGGAAGGUGUAAGCAGUGCAGAUGAAUAUGUAAAAACCAGAAGGGCCAUGGAUAUUGUUGGAAUCAGUAAUGAAGAACAAGAAUCUAUAUUUCGGACAUUGGCUGCAAUUCUUCAUUUAGGGAAUGUGGUAUUUAAACCAGGGAAAGAGCAUGAUUCAUCAGAAGUGAAGGAUGAAAAAUCAAAAUUUCAUUUGGAGACAGCUGCCAUGCUUUUCAAAUGUGAUUUGAAAAAUUUACUGGAAACUUUAUGCACGCGUUCUAUUCAGACUCGUGAAGGGGUUAUAGUCAAGGCUCUUGAUUGUGAUGCUGCUGUUGCUAGUCGUGAUACUUUAGCAAAGACUGUUUAUGCUCGGCUUUUUGAUUGGCUUGUUGAAAAGAUUAAUAGAUCUGUUGGGCAAGAUCAUAAUUCUCGCAUGCAGAUUGGAGUUUUGGAUAUCUAUGGAUUUGAAUGCUUUAAGCAUAACAGUUUCGAGCAAUUUUGUAUUAAUUUUGCAAAUGAAAAGCUUCAACAACAUUUCAAUGAGCAUGUGUUUAAGAUGGAGCAGGAGGAGUAUCGGAAAGAACAAAUCACAUGGAGUUACAUUGAGUUUAUAGAUAAUCAAGAUGUUUUAGAUCUCAUUGAAAAGGUUAUCUCUUAUUUUCUCUUAUAUCUUAUGUAUUAUUUUUUGCAUUGUACAAGAUCUUAUUUAUCAAUACUUAAUAUCAUCAUGCUUUUGCAGAAGCCUAUUGGAGUAAUUGCUCUAUUGGAUGAAGCUUGCAUGUUUCCAAAGUCAACACAUGAAACAUUUGCAAACAAGCUUUUCCAGAAUUUGCGGGCCCACCCAAGGUUAGGGAAGGCAAAAUUCUCCGAGACAGAUUUUACCAUUUCUCACUAUGCUGGCAAGGUCAAUUAUCAAACAGAUUCCUUCUUGGAUAAAAACCGUGAUUAUGUGGUUAUUGAUCACUGUAACCUAAUGUCUUCCUCCACGUGUCCUUUUAUCGCUGGUCUUUUCCCAGCAAUGCCAGAAGAAUCUUCUAGAUCAUCAUACAAGUUUUCUUCUGUGGCAUCUAGAUUUAAGCAACAACUACAAGCUCUCAUGGAUACCCUAAGUUCAACAGAGCCUCAUUAUGUCCGCUGUGUCAAACCAAACUCAGUCAACCGGCCUCAGAAGUUUGAGAAUCAAAGUGUGCUACAUCAGUUACGUUGUGGGGGUGUUUUGGAGGCUGUUCGAAUCAGUCUUGCAGGUUAUCCUACUAGGAAAACCUAUCAUGAAUUUGUAGACCGAUUUGGGCUCAUCGCCAUGGAAGUUAUGGAUGGAAGUUACGACGAACGUGCCAUGACUGAAAAAAUCCUGCAAAAACUAAAACUUGAGAAUUACCAGCUGGGGAAGACCAAAGUGUUCCUGAGGGCUGGUCAAAUUGGUGUAUUAGAUAGUCAACGUGCUGGAGUCUUGGAUUCUGCUGCAAAGCGUAUACAGCUUCGAAUGCGAACAUUUAUUGCAAGAAAAGAUUUUACAUUAAAGCGAAAAGCUGCCAUUUCUUUUCAAGCAUACUGUAGAGGUCAUCUUACUAGAGUUAUAUAUGCUAGAAAACGUGAAGCUGCAGCUGCUGUUUUGAUACAGAAGUACAUUCGUGGAUGGUUGUUGAAGAAUGCUUACACACAACAAUAUGUUUCUGCUGUACUUUUGCAAGCAAGCAUCCGUGGUUUCAUUACUAGACAAAGAUACCUACACAUAAGGGAACACAGAGCUGCAACUGUAAUUCAGGCUCAAUGGAGAUCGUAUAAAAUCCGUUCCACUUUUCGUCAUCGUGUGCAUGAUAUUACUAAAAUACAAUGUCUUUGGAGAAGAAAAUUGGCAAAGAGAGAGUUUAGGAGGCGUAAGCAGGAGGCUAAUGAAACUGGUGCCUUGCGCCUAGCGAAAACUAAGCUAGAAAAACAGCUGGAGGAUCUGACGUGGCGCUUGCAACUAGAGAAAAAAUUAAGGGGGUCAACUGAUGAGUCAAAAUCUGUUGAAAUUGCAAAACUUAAAAAAACAGUGCAAUCUUUGGUUCUUGAGUUGGAUGCAGCAAAGUUGGCUACUGUGAAUGAAUGCAACAAAAAUGAAGUGCUGCAGAACCAACUGGAAAUGUCAGUGAAAGAAAAAUCUUCUUUGGAAAGAGAACUAGUUGGAAUGGCUGACUUGAGAAACGAAAAUUCUUAUUUGAAGAGUUCACUGAGUACAUUGGAAGAGAAGAACUCAACACUGCAAAGCCAACUUACUGAGGCUAAAGAAGAUGCAUCCAGCAACCUUAAAAAGUUGAGGGAGGUUGAGAAAACAUGUGCACUACUCCAACAGAAGUUAAAAAGCUUUGAGGAAAAGCUAACAAGUUUGGAGAAAGAGAACCAUGUUUUAAGACAGAAGACAUUAAGUGCCACUUCAAGAGGGAACUGGCAAAGCAACACCAAGCCGUUUCUUGAGAAGUUCUCUGGUGCACUUGCUCUUCCCUUCACAGAGCGAAAAUCUAUAUAUGAAACCCCUACUCCUAUCAAAAGCGCAAAUCCAAAUUCCCAAGGUUUGACCGAUUCACGUCGGUCAAAGAUGACAUCUGAAAAACAGCAGGAGAACUCUGAAAUCCUGUCACGGUGUAUUAAAGAAAACCUGGGAUUCAAAGAUGGAAAACCUGUGGCUGCUACUGUUAUAUAUAAGUGCCUUCUUCAUUGGCAUGCCUUUGAAUCCGAAAGAACUACAAUUUUCGACUUCAUUAUUGAGAACAUCAACAGUGCUCUUAAGAUGGGUGAUGAGGGACUUACCUUACCAUACUGGUUGUCCAAUGCUUCAGCUCUUCUAUGCCUUCUGCAAAGAAACUUCAGGUCCAAUGGUUUCUUGACACCUCAGCGUUCCGGUGUGUCGUCUUUUUCGAAUGGGAGGGUUGCACAAGGGUACACUCCGCAUAAAUACAUUGUUGAUGAUGGGAUUUCACCCAUGGAAGCUAGGUAUCCAGCUAUAUUAUUUAAACAACAGUUAACAGCUUGUGUGGAGAAGAUAUUUGGGCUGAUAAGAGACAACUUAAAAAAGGAAAUAUCACCGCUCUUGAAUUCAUGCAUCCAGGCACCCAAGAACCAACGAGUACAUGGUGGUAAACCUUCAAGGUCACCUAGUGGCAUCCCUCAGCAGGCUGCUGGUAGUCAGUGGGAGAAGAUCAUAGAGUUUUUGGAUUCCCUGAUGGAUCGCCUACGUGGAAAUCAUGUACCUUCGUUUUUCAUUCGUAAGCUUACAACACAGGUGUUUUCAUUCCUCAACAUAUCACUUUUCAACAGCCUUUUAUUGCGGCGAGAAUGCUGCACAUUCUCAAACGGGGAAUAUGUGAAAUCUGGUCUAGCAGAACUUGAGAAAUGGAUAGCCAAUGCAAAGGAAGAGUUUGCAGGAACUUCUUGGCAUGAAUUAAAUUAUAUCAGACAAGCGGUUGGGUUUCUGGUGAUACACCAGAAAAGAAAGAAGUCUCUGGAAGAGAUCAGACAGGAUCUAUGUCCGGCGUUGACUGUUAGACAAAUAUAUCGCAUAAGUACAAUGUACUGGGAUGACAAAUAUGGGACCCAAAGCGUCUCAAAUGAGGUUGUUACUGAGAUGAGGGAAAUGUUGAACAAGGACUCUCAGAAUCUUACUUCCAAUUCAUUCUUAUUGGACGAUGAUCUCAGCAUUCCAUUCUCUACAGAAGAUAUCUACAUGGCAAUUCCUGGCAUUGAUCCUACAGAUAUUGAGCCCCCUGCGUUCUUAGCUGAAUAUCCUUCAGCACAAUUUCUACUUUCAAAUCCCAAGUGACUUUGUCAAUAAAAGACCAUUUGCAUGCUUUUAGGGUAGGGGAAAUAUAUCGUUUCUGUAGGGAUAUUUAAUUAGGAGUGCAAGCAAGGCAAAGUUCCAUGUAAAGUAAUAAUACUACUAGUUAAUUUCUUUUCUUUUUUUAUUCUUUUGUAAAAAGCUUGUCUGUUGUGCACAUUGUAAUCGAUUCCAGUGGAUUCUCAUUCUCGUAGCCAAAUCAAAUCCAAUUAAAUUAUUUUGAAAUGGUA